AUGGACGAAGCCACUCAACGCGAAUUGAACAGCUUUGUUGAGCAAGAACAAGCAAAGGCUAAAUUGCAAUCUUCUACCCACACAUUCACAGAAAUGUGUUGGGACAAGUGUAUCACCGGAUCUAUCGGUUCACGCUUCUCAAGAGGAGAAGAGACCUGCCUCGUCAAUUGCGUCGACAGAUUCCUUGACACAUCACUUUACAUUGUAAAAGCAUUGGAUCAGCAACGACAACAAGUACAGCCACAAUAGAUUCCUUUUUAGUCUGAUUUGUUCCUGAUUAUCGUCCGAUUGUGGUAGGC